UUCUUCCCCAUCUCCCCCACAAUUUCAAAAUCUCUUUAGAGCGAUUCCCACUCAAAUAAUCAUGAGUUAUUCCACUCUGUCUGAGUCAGAGCAAGAACAUCUCUUGGACAAACUCGACGUCUUCAAGGUUCAAGGUAGAGAUAAACGCGGCCGUAAUGUGCUUCUCAUCAUCGGCAAACGCUUCCCUGCACGCACGGUUAGCUGUGAGGUUCUGAAGAAGCAUUUGGAAGAAAAGAUUUACCCCAAAUUAGGGGAAAAGCCUUUCUCGGUGGUUUAUCUUCAUACGGAUGUUCAAAGGAGUGAAAAUUUCCCGGGAAUCUCAGUCCUAAGAUCAAUCUACGAUGCUAUUCCAAUGAACGUCAAGAACAAUCUGGAGGCUGUUUAUUUCUUGCAUCCCGGUUUACAUGCCAGGCUUUUCCUCGCCACUUUCGGCCGUCUGUUCUUCAAUGGAGGGUUGUAUUCGAAGCUUAAGUAUGUCAGUAGGCUUGAGUUUCUAUGGGACCAUGUGAGGAGGUUGGAGAUUAAGGUACCGGAGUUUGUGCAUGAUCAUGAUGAGGAGCUUGAGUACCGUCCGGUGAUGGAUUACGGAUUGGAAAGCGACCACCCUAGAGUUUACACCGAGCCACCGUUGAUGGAUCCGAUUUCUGUGUACUCUAUGAGGUGCAUAGCUUAAAGCUUAACCGAGCGUUGGAGAGUCGAGAACUGUAGAUUUUUGUUGAUACGCUUAUGGCUUUUUGGGUUCUCGAGUGUUUAGGUGUUUGAUAUUGUACAGAAUGGAAGUUGUUGUGUAAAUAGAGCGACUUGAUUGGCCGAGUGAA